CGCGCGGUGCUUCCGGUCAAAAUGUCUCCCGGCAUGUUCCAGUUCAACGAGGCGCGGCAGAAGUUCAGUGUUUGUACAAAAGAAGCUUUGAAGAGUAAAAAUAUCAGACCACUAAUUCUUAUCUUCAGCCAGUUGAGUGGAGGUGAAACAGAAAAGAAAACAACACUGGAUCAGGCAUUCAGAGGUAUUCUAGAAGAAAAAAUUUUAGAACAAGGCGAAUGUGAAGAUUUCUUGUCUAUUAUCUCCCUCAGCAUUAAUGGAGUGAAUGAAGGCAUCUGCUCUGCAACAACACCCUUCUUACUGCUUGGUGAUGUUCUUGAUUGCCUUCCUCUUGAUCAAUGUGACAGAAUAUUCACUUUCGUAGAAAAAAAUGUUGGAACUUGGAAAUCUGCAACAUUUUACUCCGCUGGAAAAAACUACUUGUUAAGAAUGUGCAAUGAUCUCCUACGAAGACUUUCCAAGUCGCAGAACACUGUUUUCUGCGGAAGAAUCCAGCUAUUCCUGGCAAGGUUGUUUCCUUUAUCAGAAAAGUCAGGCCUCAAUCUGCAGAGCCAGUUUAACCUUGAAAAUGUCACUGUGUUUAAUACCAAUGAACAGGAUAGUACCCUGGGGCUGAAGAAUUUGCAGCACACAGAAGAUAGAGAAGAUGGAAUGGAAGUUGAAGAGGGAGAGACAGGUGACGAGGAACCUCCUACAACUUGCUCUGUUCCCAUUGAUUAUAACCUAUAUCGGAAGUUUUGGUCACUCCAAGACUUUUUCAGAAAUCCAUUGCAGUGUUAUGAGAAAAUUUCUUGGAAGACAUUUUUGAAGCAUUCAGAUGAAGUGUUGGAUGUUUUCAGAAGCUACAAACUGGAUGAUAUGCAGGCUUCAAAGAAGAAGCAGGAAGAAUUAAAACCACCAGGGGAGGAACAUGUUUACUUUGCUAAAUUCCUGACCAGUGAGAAGCUGAUGGACCUACAACUGAAUGAUAGCAACUUUAGACGACAUAUCCUUUUACAAUAUUUGAUAUUGUUUCAGUACCUGAAGGGCCAAGUCAAAUUUAAAAGCUCCUAUUGUGUAUUAACUGAUGAACAAUCUCUUUGGAUUGAAGAUACCACCAAAGCAGUUUAUCAGUUGUUCAAAGAGACACCACCUGAUGGAGAAAAGUUUUCCAGCAUGGUAGAGCAUAUACUACACAGUGAAGAAAACUGGAUUGCGUGGAAAAAUGAAGGCUGUCCAAGUUUUGUUAAAGAAAGACCACCUGAAUCUAAAAUUCCAAAGCCUGGAAGGAAAAGACCUGCUCCUGAAGAUUUCUUUGGAAAGGGACCAAAUAAGAAGGUCUUGAUGGGAAAUGAAGAGCUGACACGGCUAUGGAAUCUCUGCCCUGAUAACAUGGAGGCGUGCAAGUCUGAGAGCAGGGAGUUUAUGCCCAGUUUAGAAGAGUUUUUUGAAGAAGCUAUUGAACAAGCUGAUCCCGAGAACAUGGUUGAAGAAGAGUAUAAGGUGGUAAAUAAUUCCAAUUAUGGUUGGAGGGCAUUGAGGCUGCUUGCUCGAAGAAGUCCGCAUUUUUUCCAGCCAACUAAUCAACAAUUCAAGAGUUUGCCCGAGUACCUAGACAAUAUGGUUAUCAAAUUGGCUAAGGAAUUACCUCCUCCAUCUGAAGAAAUAAAGACAGCAGAGGAUGAAGAUGAGGAAGAAGACAAUGAUGAUGCACUUCUAAAAGAAAGCAAUGAAAGUCCUGAUGUGCACACUAAGCUUGUAACAGGUGAACAGAUAGAUAUAUUUGCCAGCAAGCUUGGAGAACAGUGGAAAGUAUUGGCACCACACUUUGAAAUGAAGGAGUCUGACAUCUGUGGAAUCGAGUCUGAUAGUGAGGAUGUGAAGAUGCGUGCUAAGCUGCUGCUGGUUGCUUGGCAUGAUCGGGAGGGAUUGCAAGCUACAGUGGAGAAUUUUUUGUCUGCAUUGAUUGAUGCUGGUUUGACUGAACUUGCAGAAAUCCUGACAAAUGAGGCUGACAGCAUCAGCUAGUUAUUAACUAAAGAACUAAACAAGUGUACAAAUUGACCUUGUUUUCUUUUUUUACUGUUCUAUUUCAAAUAAUGAGGCAAUGAAUUUUACAAGUUUUUUAUAUAUAUAAACCAGUUUCUGUAAUAUGGAGAUUUUUUGGUUUAACUAUCCUUAUUACACCUAUGUUGAUUCAGCUCUAACCAAAAGGAUUUGUGUUCAUGGCCUAAACUUGGCAUGGUGUUUCAAUCUCUCCAUAGUUAACUUUUACAAUGGUAAGGAAUUGUUGCCUCAUUAAAGUUGCAGCCAUCUUAAGUGUAAUUCUUAACUCUUAUAGCACACUUUUGUAUUUGAAUUAAUUAGUGGAUAGAUAUGAAUAACUACUUGCCACCUUCUAAGUUGAAGAUGGAAGUAUACAAGUAAAUGUGAUCCAUUGUUCAGAAUUUCUACUUAUGGGAAAGGAGGAUCUUAAAUUUAGAAAUGAAGAUGAUGUUCUUUUGAUUCAGUUGACAUCCACCUUGGAGGUACAUAAUGAUAAAGGGUAUAAUUCAAAUCAUUUCAGGGUUUUAUCUUUAUGUUUGCAGCUCAGAUUGGAUUCUAAGAUGUAAAACUUGCCUUGCUAUGCUCUGCCAGCACACAACACAUAGGAAACAUUUGAAUGAUCAGUGACAGUUUAAGCAAUGAAUAUUGUCCAAAUGUACAUUUAGAGUUUAGUCCUGCAAAUACAAAUGCAAAAUGUAGAGUUGGUGUGCCCAAACUUUUGAUCUCCACAUUUUCUAAUUGUUCAGUUUUGUUUGAAAUCAUUUAUUUACAAGUUAUCAUGUAAGCCUAGUAGUGAGUGUAACAAAAUUAUUUAAUGAUAUGCCACUUGUUAUUGAUGCAAAAAGAUUAGGGUGCCAAGAAGCCAAAACAAUACAGAUCUGAGCAGCAUUGGACUAGGAGGUUAAGAGGUGGGAGCAAAUCCACAGAUGGUUUUGAACAAAAUGAGAAUUUAAAAUUCAUAAUGAGUCAAGUAUUUGGCUGUGGACCAUUCUAAAAUACUCCAACAAUUUCCUUUAACUGUACUGUAGCCCCUGUUUAAACCCUGUUGCUUUUUCCAGGAUUUCAGUUGUGCUAAUGCCUCAGCUGUUUACUUUAGGUGUAAAGCCAUUUUGCUCACCAUCAUUUUCGGGCUCUACACCUGCUUAUGCCACCUUUCAUCUUCCCCUUACAAUCAUCUACACUUCUAGGUAAGGCCUUUCCAGUUCAUAAACCUAGAAGCAAAUCUUGUGUUAUCAUACCAUUAACAGAAGAACAUAUUUCAGGUAACAAUUCAGUCAUUACAGAAAAGGCUCAUUUCUAAAAGUUGUUGCAAUUGUUUGGGAAAUUAAAAACAUCACAUUGCUCACAAAGAAAAGCAAUACAAAUCAGGCAGGCAACUCUUGUUUUAAAUUGAAAAGGGAACUACUCAAAUCCUGCAUAUGAUUUUAAACAGAACUGUAGAUAGCAAAAAUCUGAAAUUUUCUGAAACUUCUGCAGAGAUAGCCUUCUACUCUGAUGUAAAGUUAAGCAUAUGUGUUAUAUUUUCAUAGGCAUUGUAAUUAGCACCUAAGACAAAUACAACUUAAUUGAGUAGUAGGAAAUCAUGCCAUGUGUGGAUUCUUCAGGACUUACACAGGCAUUCAUCUAAGAGACACAUCCUGUUAAGAACAGUGGUACUAAGGAUCUCCUGGAAAGAGUAUUUCAGACUUCUCCUCACUGGAACUUGGUCCUUGACACAAGCACCAGUCUUGCUACCUCCUUGACUGAUUAGAAAUCAAAAAGGCCAUUUGUAUUAGAGAAGCAAGACCAUGGAGCAAAUGGUAUCCCUGAAGUUUUAAACCUUGACAGAGUUUAGUUACAAGUUCACUACCUCAUCUCCCAAGUCUUGGAAGGGGAGGAUAUGCCAGGAGACCAUCCUCAAGAAAGCAAUCCAGUUGUAGUAGUGGUCUCCCUGCAUUCUACCACAGGAAAGCCCUCUUUAACUGCCUCCUCCCCUGAUUAUAGGGUGGAUUCUAUCCAUUUUGAGGCGCAAUGGACAUGAUCUGAAUUGCAUGUUGACUACAAGAGAAAUGCAGGAAGUGGCACCAACCCUCAGACAAUCAUCUCUACAUGAAGCAUGCAAGUAUUGAUCACAAAAGUCCAAAUAAACCAAACUUGGAGCAGAUUUGUAUCAAGCAAAGCUACAUCAUCAUACUGGCACUUUUUAAAUCUUGCUCGCCACAAAUGCUGCACCUUGCCUCCAUCAAGCUUCCUGCUCGCGUGGUAUCGAACAGCAGGACAAAUCAUGUCACCUUCACUCCAGAACCAAGGCCACCCCAACUUAAAUCAUCACAGAUACUAUAGACUUUCACUGAACCAUAACAGAGAAUAGGUCUUCCACUUAAAUCCACAGAACAAAGGUCAUCUACCAAUCUAUCCUCCAACAAUAAAGGUCCAUGACAUACAUAAUAAUAAAAAAAAAAUCACAAGUUUCAAGUUCCAACAACUUGUCCUGGUCCAGCCACAGAUGCUAUGGGCAUAAUUACACACGGUCUGCUCCAAUGGUUAGGCCACAUCAUCCCCAUGUCUAAUCCCAGACUCCAAAAAUAGACACUCUUUGCCAAACUGUCACAGCAAGAGAUUAUCAGAUGAAGGGAGAAAAAGAUUCAAGUUGGUUCUCAAGGUACAUCCACCAUCUCAAUGGAAUCCUUGGACCAUGACCACUGAAAUUUGAGAAGGCCAUCCGGAAUGAACCUCAAGUCCAUUCACCAAGAACACAUCACCUCCCAAAUUAUCCAUCUGACUGCCUAGUCACUCAAGGACAACCUGUCCCACCUGUGGCAGUCUGCAGGCCCCACACUGGCUUCACCUUCAGUGGAAAUCAUCCUUAACCCUGUUUAAAGACAGACAAACUGGAAUACAGUUCUACAUCAUCAGCCACAGGGGCCAAUAUACAAUAUAGAUGCUAAUGUGAAAUUUUAAGUGCCAAUAUUUAUUAUUUGGCAUUAGUUAAACUUUGACUAAUUUCUUUGAGAGCUGCUCUAUAUUACUUAGAAGUCAAAUUAUUUAAAUUUCUAAGCAAAGGCUAUUGUAAUAGUAUUAUAGUUCCAUUAUCAUUGCUUGUGGCAAGCAUCAUCGUCAGGAGAAAACACAACAGGACUUUACAGCCAAUUAAUUACUUCUUAAGUGUAUCCACUAUUGGAAUGUAGAGUAUCAUGAUUACAGUUACCUCUGGAUAAUGCCAAUAUAGCAAAUAAGUAACACGCCAUGAAUAAGUCAUUGAACCCAGAAGAAUGUAGUUCUUGCUGAUCCUGCUUACCUUUAUAGAUGGCUGAAGAUCCAACCAACCAAAAUGAAUGUAUUUGAUGAAAAUUCUGAACGAGAGUACCAGCUCAAAUUAAUGAACCUAGAAUUGGAAGCAACUAUUUUGCACAGAUAAAAAAAAUUCCUUGGAGCAAAAUUAACAUUAAAAGGUAUGUUCCAAGAUUGCAAGUACAACAAAUUUUCCCAAGCAGUAACAUUAGCUUUUUAAGUACUUACAUAGAUUUCUCCAUGGAGAAAUGGAAGUGGCAAAAAAAUUCAGAGAAUACCAACUCCAUGAGUCCAGAGUUAUCAUUUUUAUUUCAUUAGCCAAAAUAAAAAAAAUAACUUUUUCUUCUGUAGAUGUUCUGAUCUGCUAAAUGUUUCCAACAUUUUCGAUUAUUAUUUCAGAUUUCUAGCAUCUGCAGUUUUGAGCCAUGUUGAUUCCUAGAGAUGAACCUUCAUGAUUCAUCGGGCUUCCACUUGAUUAAUGUGUAAAUGUGCAAGAUCAGCAGCAGUGUAUAAUGCAAGUUUGUGCCCACUACCUUGGCAGCUGCCAUGAUUCUUUUUAUUCACAAAUCAUUUGCCUUCCCAUUCUUUGCUACAGCAAGCUAAUGUGUGCAUUUGUUUUCUGAAGAAGAAUGAGCAAUCCACAGUUCAGUAAAUAAAGGGAGAUGGGAAGGGUAAAUUAGCCAUCAUCAUACAUUUGACAAAUUCCAUUAAUGCUGAUCCACUCUCUAUCAAUUUGGAUUUUGCUCUUGAAUGGUUUCAAAGUGGAUGGUGUUUGGAACUCCACUGAUUCUAAUCACAUAUUGGACAACCAUCUUGUUAAAAGAAAAAAGCUCUGCAGUCUCUGCAGGGUUUACAAACUCAUAUUUCUUAGUACGGCAUAGGUGUAAUUUUCUUCAUAAAGUUCAAAAAGCUACACUUUAAGCUUGAAAUUUAGGGAAAUAAGCAGAGAGAAAAACAGAUCAGGCACCAGCCAUUGCAGAGGACAGACAACCCAAUGAAGUUCCUUACCCAGGCUGAUACGAAUCAAGCCUCAAGACAGGACAUAAGCUUAUUAUCAUAUUAUUCACUCUUGGAAAAGAAAAGCUUAAUCCACACACAACUUUAGAAAUUUAGGUUUGGGGGACUUUAAUCUAAUAUUAUUGGGUGAUGAAUCACAAACAGGUUCAAACAAUUAAGUUAUUUUUCCAAUUAUGUUCAAAUAAUAGUUGAACUUCAAAGUUUUAGCAAAUCAUAAGGUUUAUGAAUUUACUUUGUACAAUAAAAUGUGGUUUCAGGCAAACUAGUUUUGGUUGGAACAGCAAUACAAUGGUUAGAAAAACUAGAACUUUUUAGAAUUAGGCUUAAUUGCAAUGUAAAAUUUACAAUG